CAAAAGGAGAAGCAUGUUGGUUGAAGUCAGGGAUGGUAGAUAAUUGAGUCGGCUGAUUAUCAACGACGGGCGAGGACUUUGGGGUUCAUCGAUUGCUUCCAUGGAGAUUCCUAAAAUCUCAAAGGUUGACAAGCUAAUCGCCGAGCCGAGGAUGAAGAAGAAGAGAAUGAAACUUGAAUCGAUCACAUCUCUUAACAAUCUCGAUGAUGGUUGCCUCAUGCACAUCCUCAGCUUCCUCUCUCCAAUUCCUGAUAGGUAUAACACAGCACUCGUUUGCCACAGAUGGAGAUAUCUGGCUUGUCACCCUCGCUUGUGGCUACGAGUCGACCCUUUCGUGAAGGAUUUAUCCCUCCCUGGAGUUUUCCACAGCAUUGAAUCAGCUGUUUCUGCUGCCAGACCUGGCGAUACCAUUUUAAUUGGAGCUGGUGGGAAUCAUCAUGUUUCUAAUAUUCAGAUUAAAAAGCCUCUUUGCCUGAUUGGUAGUGGCGAGAUUCCUGAUGAAACCACCCUUGUAUGUUCUAGAGGAUCAGACAGUGCCCUGGAGUUGCUAUCAACCUGCAAGCUAGCGAAUCUAACAGUAAAGGCCGAGCUUGGUUGCUGCUUGCUUCACAGGAGUGGAAGGCUAACGAUUGAUGGAUGUGUGCUUCAAUGUGAAACAAACCCUUUGGAUCAUCUCUCAUGCCCAAUCGUGAGUACUGCUGGAAGAGAUAAAGAAGAAGAUAACUUGAGCCUUGUGGAAGUGAAGGAAACUGUUGUUGAAAAGAUUAAGGGAAACAGUGUGGCUGUUUUGCAGACAAGGAUAGAGGGAGGUGCAAAGGCUGUUGCUACAAGCGGAGACUUGGUACUGCAGCGUGUUCGAGUCAUGUACUCGAAGGAUUACCUCUAUUUCUGGUUCGAUGUAGAUCAUGAGUGAGACUGAUCUCUCUGUUGUAUGUUAGAUUAAUUACUUGCACCUUUUUCUUCAACCUGCAACAUUUGUAACAUUAGGUGGGAUGGUGGUCAACUGGCCAUCUAUCAUCAUUAUCUCCUUUGUUCUUUAUUGUUACUUUUUCUUUUUAAGACAUAAUGUGUAUGAUUAUGUUAAGAAUAAUGUACUUUAACAUCCUUUUUUAUAUUAAAAGAAAAUCAUUACAACA